AUGUUGAAGAGCAAUAACUUUAAUAGCAUUAUCGAUGACUUAUCUGCAUUCAGUUCAGCAGAUACAUUCGAAGCAUUAAGACCUACUACAUUGGAGUUGGAUGAAACGGAGACUACAAGUAGUGGGAAUGAAAUAACCUCAUUAACAAAUAAUAAUUUGAAUUUAUUAAAUAACAACAAUAAUUCUAUUAAAAACAAUGAUGAGAGCCAACCUACUACUACAGAUGAACCAACAACCUCCUUAGCUGCUGCACAAUUAACAGCGGGUUUUAUGCAAGCAUAUUCCCCACCUCUAGCCAAGGCAAGAACACAGCUGAAGGAGUUAAUAGGCAAACAAAACAAAAUCUAUAUAGAUUUGUCAGCGGAAAAAUUCAAGCUGGACAAUGGUGAAGUUGCCAAAUUGCAAGAUAUGAUGACUGAUGUCAAGUUGUAUCGUGAAAAAUUAUUGAAAAUUAAAAAACAAAUGCAAAAUAUUUAUCAGAGGACCAAAGUACUAAAGAAAAGAGCUCUAAACAUACAGACGUGCAAAGAAAAGGAACUACAAAAGAAGUUACAAAAACAACAGCAGGAAGAAUCAUUAAUUGGUAAACAACAACAGCAACAGCCACAAUAG